AUGCGCCAUGACGACUCUCCUCCCUUUUCCCGAAACCCCGUCCUAGAGAGGAGCCAGUCGCAAUGGAUGUUCACUGCCGAAGACCUCCUUCUCACCCCAAGUAUACUGGAUGGUAUGUCUGUAACUCAAGAGUUGGCAAACAGACAGAAAGGCGUCAAUUUCAUCACACAAGUCGGGAUCAUGUUGAAAUUACCCCAAUUGACACUCGCGACGGCCUCGGUCUACCUGCAUCGUUUCUUCAUGCGCCAUGCCAUGGUUCAGAACAACAGGCCCGGUUUCCAUCACUACUCAGUCGCCGCGACUGCUAUAUUCUUGGCCACGAAGGUAGAAGAAAACUAUCGCAAGAUGAAGGAACUGGUGGUCGCAUGUUGUCGGGUUGCGCAAAAGCAGCCGAAUCUAGUGGUGGACGAACAAAGCAAAGAGUAUUGGAAGUGGCGAGAUACCAUUCUUCACAAUGAGGACCUGUUACUUGAGGCCUUGUGCUUUGACCUGCAGCUUGAGCAGCCCUACCGCAUCCUGCUUGGCUUCCUCAGGUAUUACGACAUUCAGGCAAACAAACAACUACGAAACACAUCGUGGGCCUUCUUGAAUGACUCCCUUGUCACCACCAUGUGCCUCCAAUUGACGCCUUCGGCAAUUGCAGGUAGUGCCUUAUACAUGGGAGUCAAGUUCGCAGGUAUCAGUCUCCCUGACGAUGAGAGAGGUAGGCCGUGGUGGGAGCAACUAGGCCUCAAUCUCCACGACAUUCAAAAGGGCUGUAAUCUGAUGGCAGAGGCCUACGAGAACCCUACACUGCCGCGCCAAGGUCAAAAAGAUGCAUACACAAAAGACGACGAUCUCAGCUUGUUUGAUCGAACCCGACAACCUGCCACACCUCAGCCUGAACUGUCCCCCGUUGGCAGCGCAAAAAGCGGAAGUCAAGGUGCCAAACGUGACAGAGAUGCCGCCGAAGACCAAAAUUCUGGUGAAUGGGGAUCGAGUAUGCCAUCACAGCGACCUGGCGGUGACGAUCAACCAGCACCUUCUCCCAAGAGAGUCCGUCGAGAUUCGCGAAAUGACAAUGUAGGCAUACCUCAAAGGAUACCACACCGUCAUUCUGCAACCGCGGCGGAUGAUCUGCCCAAUGAUUCCAGAGGCACUGGCGACGACGUGCAGAGGAGAAUUGACGAGAUUGUAAACGCUUCGUCCAGUAGAGCACCACCGUCUCACCAGCACCGUGUCCCACCGGGGCAGCCUUCGCACCAAGUUCAUUCCAGGAGAUAUUCCUCGGCGGGUACAAAUCGGAACGGGCCACCUUCAGCCUACAGUAAUGGCCAUGCAGAACAAGCUCCAGCACAACACCAACCAGAAAGUCGAGACAAUGGCAUGUAUACUCAACCCGAGAGUAGUGAGCACGCAAGGGCUCCUUCUCGGGUGCCUCAGAUUUACCCUACAGAUGAGGGGCCUCCACAGCCACCACAACCAGAACCAUCCUCGAACGGUGUCAAUGAUCUAGACGACGCCGAAAAGGUCGAUUACGGCAGCGAAGAAGGCGAGCUGUAG